AGCAAUAAAAACAAAUUAUCUUAUCUGAUUACAUAAGAGAUUGAAAACCAUGGAAACUAUUGAAAACAGUCAUCGAGAAAGAUCAUUAAACAAAGGCUAAACAAAGAACUCGGUUAUUUAAGGUUAUGUAAAAACGCGGCAAAAGGCAUGUGAACAUCAUACAUUGAGGUUGCGUUCGGGGAUUCCACGUAAAUAGAUCGCACUUCACGCCACUCCGCACACUAGCGCCGCGUAUAGACUAGGGAUGUUCCGAAUAUAUAAAAAUCUGUAUUCGCUAAUACGAAUACGGAUACGAAUAUUUUUUAUAAUAUUCGCGAAUACGAAUACGAAUACUUUGACCUUGACCCGUGUUCUCCUUCUCUGUUAGGUGCCCGCACGCGCCUGCGUGUGAUUUCAAACUUGUCAUAACUUGCAUAGAUCGGGCGACUUGCGAGGAUUAGCGGCGCCCUUUUAUUGACAUUUUUAAUCGAGUCUUUACACAGUGAAGUAUUGCAGUACGUUAUAUUAUAUAGUUGGUAAAAGUAACUUACUAAUCCUUUCAAUUAUUUGUUGUUUACCUACACUGUACUGAUAAUUUGUGAAUGAUGCCGAAAAAAUUUACAAGUUCGAUUUGGAAGUACUUUAGUAUAAAAGACAAUGAUUUUGCGAAGUGUAAUGAGUGUAAUAACAAUUUUUCAAGAAAGGAAAGUAGUCCCUCUGCUUUAAAAAAUCAUUUAAAAUUUAAACACAAGGAAAUUUACCAAGAUUUUAUAAAAGAAUCCGAAUUAAAGGAAGAAGAAAAAGAGCAGCCACAUACGAAUCUACAAAAUGCGAAAAAAAUUAUAAACAAAUAUCCUUUGCAAGAUCUACCUUUCCAAUAUGUUGAAGGAUUAGGUUUUAAGCGCUUAGUAGAUCAUCUGUCGCCACAAUAUGUACUUAAAGGACGGAAGUACUAUACUGAUUUCCUUUGUACGGAUUUAUAUGAAAAAAUACAGAAUAAAGUAAAAUUGUUGCUUGAAGACCUCGAAAAUGUCUCAUUUACCACUGACAUAUGGUCAGAUUCUUCAUCAGGUGUGUCCCUUCUUAGCCUAACCUGCCAUGGUUUUACCAAAGACUUCACUCGCAUAACCAUUAUGCUACGUGCUGAACUGAUGGAAGAGCGACAUACCGGUGACUAUAUUUCUGCAAAAUUUGAUGAAAUGUUAAAUUUUUGGGACAUCCCAAAAAAGAGAGUACAUUGCGUUGUUAGAGAUGGUGGCUCUAAUAUGAAAAGGGCAAUGUAUUUGUCGAAUUUGAAAAAUAUUGAUUGUAUGGCGCAUUGUUUGCAACUUGUAAUCAGAAAUGGCCUAAAAGUCAACGACUCUAUUGUCAAUUUGCUGAAUAAAUGCAAAAAAAUAGCAGGACAUUUUCAUCAUUCAACCAGCGCAAUGGACGAUUUAAAAAAAAUUCAAGGACGUUUGCAACAACCAGAACUAAAAGUGGUCAGGAGUCCAACAAGAUGGAACACAACAUUUUACAUGCUGGAAAGACUUGCACAAAUAAAAGAUUCCUUAUGUUUAUAUGCGGUUAGAGAUUUUGUAUCUAAAUUAAAAGAAGUAUUUAGUCAAAGAUUUGGACAUUUAGAAAAUAACAAGUUGUACGCCGUAGCAACUUAUCUUGAUCCGAGGUAUAAAGCUAAAUUUUUUUGCGAGUUUACAUUGAAUCAGAUCCAGGAAACUAUUAUUAAGAGGAUGCCGGAUUAC